UGUGAUGUUUAUGUUCAAGAUUUAUUGCAUUUUAAAACAGAAAAUAAGUUAAUUAUAACUUGAAACAAAUAAUAGUGGGAUGAAUAAAGAUAGCUUUUGUAGAUUAUGUGCAGAAAAUAAUAUUGAAUCAAGUUUAAUAUCAAUAAAUGAUCCAGUCGCUCUUAACCUAAACUUAAAGUAUAAAAUAUAUCAUUGUUUUCAUUUGAAAAUCGAACAAAAUGAUAUGCUGUCAGAACAAAUCUGUUCAAAAUGCUGUGGGCAAAUUAUAUUUACGUAUAAUUUUUAUGAAUGUAUACAAAAGGCGCAAGAAACUUUAAAAGCUUUAACAUUUAUUAAACCGAAUAAUUUCAUUUUACCAGAGAUAGUUGAUAAUAAUCAAGAUAAUAAUAAGUUAGGUGAUACAUUUCAUAUUGCAGAUAGUUUAGAUGACAAAGAUUUUGUUGAUGAAUUAUUAAAUAAAACUGAUACUAUAAACCAAGAAACUCAAACACAAGAUGAUAUUUUUCCGGAUUGUGAUUCAGAUGUUACCCAAUCUACCUCAAAGCAAAGCAAACAAUCUUCGAAAACUAAAAAUGAUAAAUUAAUGAAAUCCAAGCAAAAUUGCUUUUCACAUGAUGAUGAUAAUGGAUCUCAAAAUACGGAUUACAUUAAUUUACAAACAAGCACAGAUCAAAAUGAAUUUUCUACAAUGUUAUCUUCAGAAAUUGAUGAUAAAAAGAAUGCCGAUAAAGACUUUGCUAAAGUAGGAUGGGAUACAUAUCCAUGGAAAUGUUUUUCAUGUGAUUCACAGUUCCCAUCGGUGACGGAGCUACGAAAACAUCAUGAAGUCGAACAUAAUCAAGUUGCACAGUAUGUCUGUGUGGAUUGUGAUAAAUUACCUUUUGAUGAAUAUCUUGUGUUUUUGGCUCAUGUUCGAAUGCAUCGACCACAAUUAAAAUUCAGCUGCGAUUUAUGUGGAAAACAUUUUAUACGAAAACAUGUACUGGAACGACAUCGCUUACAUCAUUCAGAGCUAAAACCAUAUGUAUGCCAAGAAUGUGGUAAAACAUUUCGUAUUCAAAGCUCUCUAUUAAUACAUACCAGAUCUCAUUUACCGGAAGAUGAAAAGAAUGUAUUUGCUUGUGAAAUUUGUGGAAAAAAAUUUAGUCUUAAACCAAAUUUAGAUGCUCACAAACGAAUACAUGCAGGUGUGAAAGAUUAUACAUGUGAUCAAUGUGGUAAAAGCUUUGUCCAAAAAGGAAAUUUGGAGAACCAUAUGCUUACACAUACAGCAGUGCGACCAUAUAACUGUGAUAUGUGUUCAAAAUCAUUUAAGACGUUAAUGAAACUAAAAAGACAUGAAAGUGUUCAUAGUGGAUUAAAACCACAUCAGUGUGAUAUUUGUGGGAGACAAUUUCGUGAAAAAGGAACAUUAAAAGAACAUCAUAGAAUUCAUACUGGAGCUAUGCCAUUUACAUGCGAAUUCUGUGGAAAAAGUUUUCGAUUUAAAGGAAUACUUACAACGCAUAGACGCCAGCAUACUGGAGAGAGACCAUACUCUUGCCUUGAAUGUCAACAUCAUUUUACAAAUUGGCCCAAUUAUAAUAAGCAUAUGAAACGAAGGCAUGGAAUUAAUACAAGUGUAACUGUUCGAAAACCACAAGCAAUACCACCUACUGGAAUGCCUUGUCGAAAUCCACCGGGUACGAUUUUUGUCCCUACACCAACGAACGAUGUUUCAAACGUAUCCAUCAUGCCAGAAAAUACGAUUCAACAACAACAAAUACUGUCGCAAUCACUGCCACAAAUGUUUUUAAUUAACAGUUUACCAACGAUAAAAAAUGAAAUCGAUCAAUCAUCAUUAAUCAGUACAAUCGGUGUAAAUGUUGCAUUAAGUAAUGGAGUAACAUCACCAAUAAUAAGUGGUACACCUAUUACGACAGAUCGUACAAAUUUAAUUGGUACUGCUAUUCUGGAUAAUCCAAAUCCAGGUUACUAUAUCGUACAUACUUAUUAAUAAAAUAUUUUUCUAUUUUAUAAAAAAUGACCGUCAUUUUGCUGUCAUAACUAGUCAUAAAGAAUAUUUUUAAUAAGUUGCAACCAUUAAUAAAAAGUGUAUAUUGUACGCUAACGCGAAAAGAAAAUUCAAGAAUUACUGAUUCGUUAAAGUAUUUGAUUUUAUAGGGAACUUUAAGCUAAGCUAUCAUAAGCUAUAUCAAACAGAGUAUAUUAGUAAUGUGACGAAUAUUCGCAUAUUUUUUUAACAUUCGCAUUCGAAUAUUGGAAAUGAACUUUCGCAUUCGCAAUGAAUGAAUGUACGAAAUAGAACAUUCUUCCCAUCACUAGAACAUACCAAUUCUAGCUUGUAAGUUGUAAAUGUAAAUACCGCCACCGUACAUCAAAAGGUCAUAUUCUAAGUGUGCAAGGCAUGUUUCCAUACCUUUGUAGAUCUUUAAUUUUCUCAGAUCUCACAAAUGGCAGAAAAUUCGAACAUCUAUCUUUGCAAAUUCUUAGGAAUGAAACAAUGAGAAUCUUUUUUGCUAUUUUAUUGAGGCUCCUUUGUUUCCUUUAAUAUCGGAUUGCAAAUGUUUCGGAAAAAUUUAUUGUAAAACACUUUAUUUUCUAAAGUGAUAAUUAAAAUGAUCCUUGCUUUUUUCGGACGAUUUUAGUUAGAUUUUGGAUCGGCUUUUAGGGUAUGAAUGUAUUAAAUUUUUUACACUUAAGUUUUCUAAUUUAACGUUUUUUAUAUUUGAUUAUCAUGUUUUAUUAUUACAUUCUAUCCAAGUAGAUUGACUCUAAAGGUAAAUCUAAUAGAUGGUAGGUACACAAUCGUCUCUAGCUGAAAUAAUUUAAAGUUAAGGUUCCCUAUAAAACAUUUACAAAUAUGACGGCUGGUAAAUACGUAAUAACCGAUAAAAUAUAAGUUAAAAAAUGUUUAGAAAUAACGUUUAGUUCUAAAAUUAAAUUAACUAUUGCUUUAUAAAAUGUGUGAAACGACAAUAAAAUAUGUUUUAAUAGUUGAAUUAAAUAAUUAUUUACACUGGUUUAUUGUCAAUAUUUUAUUUUUGUUGGUAAACAGUGUCUUGAUAUGCUAAAUACGAAAUAAUUAAUUUUAUAUUUGAUGUUUAUAUAAUUAUUAUUCAUAUAAUAAUUUUAAAUAUUUAAUGUUAUGUGGAAAUUAAGAUAGACUUGAAUUGUACUUUCAUUAUGGAUUACAUAGCAGGUCUAUUAGUAGAACUGAUAGUAGUUAACCUCUCCUGAUUAAUAUUAACGCCCAUGACUAACAGUAUAAAAUGAAACUGUACUUAUAAUAAAUAAAGAUCGUAUCAUAAAUUUAAUACCAAGAACCAUGAGACACAAGCUAUGACGAGAAAAAUAAUUGAUUUGAAAGAUCAAUUAAUUUUUGUGAUUCCUGCUUAACAGCCCCAUAAGAAAGAAACUACCUAAGGCUAAAUCGGUCAAGUCUGAAGAAGAGAUUAUAAAACUUCCACUCUCACCUGUUUUGAAACGUCUCGGCAAACUUCGUUCAAAGGAAAUCACACUCACUUGAGCACUUCGAGUUGGGAGGCUUUUUUUUUAUUUCAAAUACAUCUUGGGACUUUUCAAGGGCGUUAAAUGUAUAAAUUUAAAUAAAAAUAGGAGUUUACUACGAUAGGUUCUAGGGCCGUAUAAAUUUUGCUCUCUAAAAACUAUUUUUAAAUGUGUGUAUGACAAUAAAUAAUCAUAUAAUUUGAUUUUAAUAUUUUGAUAAUAUGUAAGAAAUAAUAGUUUAAAACUGAGAUGUAACACUUAGGAACACCUAGAAACUAAUCAAAUAUUUAAGAAAUAGUUUGAUUUCACAUAAUGU